AUGGAACAAGAUGUUAUAAAUUUGAAAAACCAUACUACUCAAUAUAAAGUACUGAAAGAUGAAGAGAUAAAACAAAAAGCCCUGAAGACAUAUAUGGAUAGCGAUGAGUAUAAAAAAGAAGUUGAAGCAAAUGUAAAGGCAGAAAAACUUUUACAGUUGCAAAACCAAACCGUACAGUAUGAAAACUUAGCACAAGAAAGUAAAAAUAACGACGCAGCCAUGCAAAAGGCAAUGAAAAGCGCAGAAUAUAUAAAAGCUAAUAAUGACUGGUUAGAUGCCCAAGCCAACGCCAAAGCAGCCCAGCUUAUAGGGUCAAUAAGGACAAAAAUACAAGCGGAUGAAGACAGUUCAAAUGAAGCUUUAACGAAUGCUGACUUUAAGAACGCCUUCGAAGCUCUUCAUAGUAAGGUGAAACAAGUGAACGACUUCUCAUCUGGAAAGAAACUGAAGUCUGAAGGUUUCGACAACGAGUUAAGAGAAGUAGCACAAAAUAUGACGAAAAUAACAGAUGCAGCAACGAGACAGGCAGUUCAAAGUGCCUAUGACUCCGUUAGAGCAACUGUUGUGGAAAGUCAAGAAAAAGAGUUACAACAGACCAAAACAGACCUAGUAAAUGCUUUCUUAAAAACGAAAAGUCAGGUAGGACAUUACGCUGCAGAUGGAACAUAUGUGCCAGCUGGUGGAACUUAUAUACCACCAAACCCUCCAAGAGAAGCACCUGCACCAGGACUACCUAGAACAUUUACAUCGUCACAUGGACACAGACACAGGCAUGCACCAAAACCAACACAACAACCAACACAACAACAACAACAACAACAACCAGCACAGCAACCAACAGUUCAAAACCCUGCACAACAACAACCACAAACAGAGCAAGGACAUAAAAGAAGUAGAGAACAAGGAAACCAAGAAUUCUUAAAAAUGCUUAAAGAAGAGUGUGGUUUCCCAGAUACUGUUGACUUUAGUGACAGAUAUAAAGAAGCUAUUAGAAA